UGAUCGAUUGCAUGAGAAUCACGUUGCAGAAGAUUAUAGCUUUAUCGUUUCAAUCUCUCGUCUUCGGCCACACCCACAGUUUCUGUCUCUCUCAUCUGUGAUUAUUUCGAGCGAAGGUUGAAGCAAUCGUGACCUCGCGGGUUUGUCUUGUUGAUUGUGGUAUUGUGCUAUUGCAGCUGUCGUAUGCUAGGUUAGAACAAGGACAAUAUGUCAGGCACGGAGGAUGUUAAAGAGCACCAUGUAGAGGGAAGUGCCCAGCCAUCAUCCCAACAAGAGGAGGAAGCUGUUAAAAAAAAGUAUGGAGGGAUUAUGCCAAAGAAGCCACCACUCAUUUCUAAGGACCAUGAACGUGCUUACUUUGAUUCUGCUGAUUGGGCUUUGGGGAAGCAAGGUGUAGAGAAGCCCAAAGGACCACUUGAGGCACUUCGGCCUAAAUUGCAGCCAACACAACAGCAAACACGAUACAGGAAAUCUCCUUAUGCUCCAUCAGAUGGUGAAGAGGGAGGAAAUGCUCCUUCAGAGGAAACUGCAAAUGAAUGAGGGGCAGCCAUUGGUCCUCUGAUCUUGUGAGGACGAUUGUUAUUCUAAUAUCUAAAUAGGCGAAGAGUAAAUUUCUGUUGUUUCAAUAAAAUCGGUGAAGAUGCUACAAUAUUUGCAGAAGGGAAAAGAAAAACACCUACAGUCUGUAUUUGAGAUUUAUGCUACUAUAAUCUCCAGAUUUAAUUAAUAUUCUGACACAGGAACGUGUUCUUGCUGGACCAUGAAAAGAACUUACAUCUGAAAUUUAAAACCUUCUAUUUUGAUC